AACCUGUUAGGAUGGCAAAGAUGUCGGGUGUUGACCUGCACAUGGAGACAUCCGAGGGAGGCCUGAAGGAGCUGGUACUGAAGUGGUUCACUGAGACUCAGGCGCCGCUCAUCGUCAACAAUGGAAACUUCCCUGACUGGUUUCAAGGCUUCGUUGCACGAAAGGACACAGAAGAUCUGCUGAGAGAUAAGGCUCAGGGCUGUUUUCUCAUUCGCCUCAGUGAUAAAGCCAUCGGCUACAUCCUGUCCUACAAGGGACACGAUAGGUGCCGCCAUUUUGUCAUCACCGAGAAUCAAGACGGACAAUUUGUCAUAGCAGGAGACUGUCAGACAUACAACAGCCUCACAGAGCUCAUAGAACAUUUCAAAGUCAGCCCCAUCCAGCCCUUUGGAGAAUAUCUGACUACCAGCUUUAACGAGGUUAGCACAGGUGAGCUGUACGAUGUGGUAAAUUACACCAAAGGGAAAUCUGGGGUGAGUGUUCAAGCCCUUCGGACUCUUUGGGACCAGAAACAAAGGAUCCAGCAGCAAAAUGACCCUCGUGCAAAUCAUCCACCUGCAAUGCCACUGAAACCCAAAAACAGAAAACUGACAGGAGUGGUUUCCGUAGACACAGUCACCCUCUCACAGGGUGUUCCUCCACUACCAAAGAGAGGUAUUCCUCUUGGCUUCUCCCUGAGUGGAUCUUUUCCGGAAACAGCAUCACAUCCAAGUGAAACUUCCGCUGAAGCAAACCGAUCAGCGAGACUCAGAGGAAAAACCAACCAAGUCUCUGACAGAGACUCAUUCAGCACCUCCAACACGAGUUAUCCAGGUGAUCUAAGUCCUCCAGGGAUCACAUACUCUGAGUUGACACAAGUGGGGAGCAGAAGCAUAUCUUUACCAAGACUAAACAGCAGCAACUUAGAGGAGGAGGAGGAGGAGGAGGAGGAGGAGGAGAAGGAGGAAAAAGAAAGGGAAGAGGAGAAGGAGGAGAAGAAGGAGGAGUACUCGAAUCGGCUCAGCAUGCUUUCCUUAGCAACAUCAAAAUCCUACUCCCCUACUCCUCUGAAGAAGGUCACCUGUCACACCUACUCCCUCCACAAACCCAGAGACAGUCCAAGGCCAAGCAGGUCAGAGCAGCAGGGUGGUGAUCUGGAGAUGUUCAAGUCCAACCCGAUGUACCACACCUUGGAGGGGCCUGGAGGGGCUUCAGCUCUGAAGGGAGACAACAUGUAUGCCGAGGUUCCCAAUAAGCUGCCUGAUGACACCUAUGAGCAGAUCCCAGGGGAGGCCGCCUUCGCAGGAGGCGACAUGUACGAGUCUCUGGAAGAGCUGAAGACCAACCAGUCUAAAUCCACCUGGGGGAAAAAUAAUAUUAUUUGGAAGAGAUUUUUUCCGGAUAACAAGAAAUAAAAUGGAUUCAGCGUGUGGAAUUAA